AUGCUCUCAGCUGCAAGUAUUUUGUUAAUUGUUUAUUCUGUUAUUAUAUUGGUUGCAUUGGGUGGUAAUUUGUUGGUAUGUGUUGCUGUAUUCUAUGAUCGAAUUUUACGACGACAGCAGGAGAAUUUAUUUUUGGUAUCACUUGCUGUAUCUGAUCUUCUUAUAUCAUUGCUUGUGAUGUCAUUCGCAGCAUCUAAUGAUAUUCUCGGAUAUUGGCCAUUUGGUCGCUUGUACUGCCAACUUUGGAUAUGUUUCGAUAUUACAUGUACCACAGCUUCAAUACUCAACCUAUCUGCAAUUGCCUUACACAGAUUUUUGCAUAUCAGUCGUCCACUCGUUUAUGUCAGGUGCUUCAGGAGGCGAAAAAUAUGCAUCGUUAUAGCAUUUGUUUGGCUGAUAUCUGCUAUCAUUGGUUCCACGCAAAUUAUCCUGGAAUUAGUACAGAGGGAUGAAGGAAUUGAUGAUAGGAAUGAAGUUGAUGAGACUAAAUACAAUAAUUCUCAUCCAAGAUGUGAGCUACGACUUAAACCAUUUUAUGCAUUAGGCAGUUCUAUGUGCAGUUUUGUUAUACCUGCGGCAAUGAUGGUACUUCUGUACACUCGUCUCUAUCUAUUCGCCAGGAAACAUGCUAAAAUAAUGCGUAUCCAAGUUCAGCAAGCAGCUAACUUUGCUGUAACACUGAAUGCUUGUGAAGGAAUUCGAAAUAAUACUAAUGUUGGAUUUUUUUAUGAUAGAAUAUUUGCAAUGUGCCGUUGUUGUCACAGGAAUGAUCCUAUUGUAUUGGAACGAAUCAAGUCGAAAAAUGUCUCAUCAAAACUCUGUAUCACUGAUCAGAAAGCUAGGUCAAACUUGAUUCUUGAAAUGAAGAUUUGA